UUAUUUUUGUUGUGUAGACGGCUGCCCCCCGUCCACUGCGUCCGCACCUCCUUGUGGCUUUGCGUGGAUAUCAACCCUUGGUUGCUAGCACCCGCAGUUGGACACCUCUGUGUGGUUUUCAGCGGCUCAGAGUAACUUUGGACUAGUGAGUGGACACGGCUAGGUCACACAGGUAGUUUGUGUGAUACAGUGUUUGGAUUUGGGAAGACUGCAAGUACAGUACACACGAGGAUACCAGGAUGUCGGGAUCACUGCCAUUCUAUCAGAAACACCACCGGCACUAUGAUCGCGGCUACCGCAGCCGGGAGACCCAGUCCGCCAUGAGCCAAUACCAGCAGAGUAGCAGCAGCUACUCCUCCCAGAGCAAGAGCAGCGCCAGGGGCCUGGAUGCCACCUUCACAGCUCUGGAUGACACCAGCCUGAGCCCCUUGCCCAAGAGGGCCAAGCCCACCUACUUGGCCAUGGACAAGGAGAACCAGAUCAUCGGCUACGUAGUGCCCAUCUUCAGGGGCAGCCAUGAGUUGGCGAGCGGGCUGUCCGAUACCGAGGACGCUCGGCUGAAGGAGAGCUCGGGCUACAUGGCGCGCCGCAGCCUCCUCUCCAGCUCCGCGGAGACGCAGCGCAGCUUGUACCAAGCGUCGCAAUCUCGCCGCGCCGUCAUGAGGGAGUCCGCCGAGCGCAUCUCUUUCACCAAGAGGCUCCAUGAACACGAGGAGUAUCACAAGCGUAUGAACGAGGACAACCUGAUGCAUACCCCCGAGUUUGUGAUAAAGCCGCGCUCCCACACGGUGUGGGAGAAACAAUGUGUGCGGCUCCACUGCACCGUCUCUGGAUGGCCCGAGCCCAGAGUGGUCUGGUACAAGAACAAUGUCAGCAUUGACCCCAUGUCCAAUCCUGAGAAGUAUAAGUUGGUGAGCAAGUACAAUGUCCACUCCCUGGAGAUUAACAGGUGUGACUUUGAUGACACGGCACAGUAUCGUGUGUCGGCCAUGAACAGCAAGGGCGAGCUCUCUGCUUUCGCCUCUGUCGUCGUCAAGAGGUUCAAAGGAGAAGUCGAAGAAUCUCUUCCAGUUCCUAGUCAACAUGGCUGGGCCAAUGAGUACGGCAUCACCUUCACGACUAACAUCGUGGACAAGUUUGACGUGUCGUUCGGACGCGAGGGCGAGACCUUAACGCUGGGCUGCACGGUGAUCAUCUCUCCCACCCUGCAGCGCUUCCAGCCCGAGAUCGAGUGGUUCAGAAAUGAUAAGCUUCUGUCUCCAUCCAAGUGGUACCAGAUGCACUGGAGCGGAGAGAAGGCCACACUCACACUCACUCACCUGAACAAGGAGGACGAGGGCCUGUACACCCUCCGCGUCACCACCAAGUCCGGAUACGAGACCCACUCCGCCUACCUCUUUGUCAGAGAUAGAGAAGCUGAGUCUGAAGGUGCCCCCGGUGCCCCUCUGAGCGUAGAGUGCCAUGAAGCCAACAAGGAUUACAUCAUCAUCUCCUGGAAGCAGCCUGCCGUGGCCGGAGGCAGCCCAAUACUGGGCUACUUUGUGGACCGCUGUGAGGUUGGCACCACCAACUGGAUCCAGUGCAAUGACACCCCAGUGAAGUUCGCCCGUUACCCCGUCACCGGCCUGGUGGAGGGCCGCAGUUACCUCUUCCGGGUGCGUGCCGUCAAUAACUCCGGCAUGAGCCAUCCGUCGCGCGUUUCCCGACCCGCCGCUGCCAUGGACCCUGCAGAUCGUGCCCGCAAAGGUGCAUCCGCCCCUUGGACUGGCCAAAUCAUUGUCACGGAGGAAGAGCCAUCAGAGGGUGUGGUUCCUAGCAAGCCAUGUGACCUGACGGUUACCGAGUCAACAAGAAACUAUGUGGUCCUGAGUUGGAAGCCGCCCGGUGAGAAGGGCCACGAGGGAAUUAUGUAUUACGUGGAGAAGUGUGUGGUAGGCAGUGACAGUUGGCAGCGUGUCAACACAGAGAUCCCGGUGAAGUCUCCUCGCUUCGCCCUGUUCGACCUGGCCGAGGGGAAGUCCUACAGCUUCCGCGUGCGCGCCUGCAACUCCGCCGGCGUGGGAGAGCCAUCAGAGGCCACCGAAGCCACUACAGUCGGAGACAAGCUCGACAACUGUAUUAUAAACAUCCCAUCUGCCCCUGGCCGCGUUGUUCCAACCCGUAACACCGACACCUCUGCUGUGGUGUCCUGGGAGGCUUCCAAGGAGGCCAAGGAGCUGGUUGGCUACUACAUCGAGGCCAGCAUGGAGGGCAAAAACGAGUGGGAGCCUUGCAACAACAAGCCUGUCAAAGGCACAAGGUUUUUCUGCCAUGGCCUUACGACAGAGGAGAGCUACGUGUUCAGAGUGCGUGCUGUGAAUGCCGCUGGCAUUAGUGAAUUUUCUCAGGAAUCUGAGGCCAUCAAAAUCAAGGCUGCUAUCGCCUCCCCUGCUCCCCCGUUUGGCAUCACGGUGCUGGAGAGCGUGCGGGACUCCAUGGUGCUGGCCUGGAAGCAGCCCGCCUUCAUCGGGGGCGCUGACAUCACCGGCUAUUUUGUGGACUACCGCGAGGUCAUCGGGGGAGUGCCGGGCAAGUGGCACGAGGCCAAUAUUCAAUCUGUCAGCGAGAGAGCCUACAGGGUGUCAGAGUUGAAGGAGAACAUGAACUACCAGUUCCAGGUGCGUGCUGCAAACAUGGCUGGCGUCGGUAUCCCAUCACUCCCCAGUGAGACCUUCACAUGUGAGGAGUGGACCAUCGCUGUGCCAGGGCCCCCCCAUGACCUCCAGGCCUUGGAGGUGCGCAAGACGUGUCUGACGCUGCUGUGGAAGCCCCCGGUGUACCAGGGCCGCGACGAGGUCAACGGCUACUACGUGGACAUCAAAGAAGCGGAAGCAGGCAUCGAGGCCUGGAAGGGAGUCAACGAGAAGGCCUGCACCAACAGAUUCCUGAAGAUCAACAACCUGAAGGAGGGCGAGAGCUAUGUGUUCCGCGUUCGUGCUCAGAACAAAGCUGGAGUGAGCAAGCCCUCUGAGGCAACCGAGCCAGUUCUGGCCGAGACUAAACCAGGCACAACGGAAAUGGUAGUGGAUGUGGAUGAUGAUGGAGUGGUCUCACUCAUCUUUGAGUGCUCGUCCAUGAAACCCGACUCCAAAUUUGUCUGGUCCAAGAACUAUGAACUGAUGGAGGAGGAGAACACACGCAUGACAAUUGAAACCAAAGGCGGCAAGUCCAGAGCCAUCUUCAACAACCUGGACGUGGAGGACAUUGGCAUCUACUCCUGCUUAGUCACACACACAGACGGAGUAUCUGGCAGCUACUCCCUCACAGAGGACGGAGUGAAAGAACUUCUGGUUAUCAGCCACGACCACAAAUUCCCCAUUAUUCCACUGAAGACAGAGCUGGCCGUGGAGCUCCAGGAGAAGGGACGCGUUCGCUUCUGGCUGCAGGCCGAGAAGAUCUCUGCCAAUGGCAAAGUGGAGUAUGUCUUCAACGACAACGUUAUCUCCCAGGGAGAUAAAUACAAGAUGAACUUUGACAAGAACACUGGUGUGAUUGAGCUGUUCAUGGACUCCUUGACCAAUCAGGACGAGGGCACGUACACCUUCCAGAUGCAGGAUGGGAAAGCCACCAACCAGUCUAGCCUGGUGCUCAUUGGAGAUGUUUUCAAACAGCUACAGAAAGACUCUGAAUUCCAGAGGAAAGAAUGGAUCAGGAAACAAGGUCCUCACUUUGUGGAGUAUUUGAGCUAUGAGGUUACAGAAGACUGCAUUGUCAGGCUCACAUGCAAGGUUGGGAACAUGAAGAAGGACUCUGUUGCGUUGUGGUAUAAGGAUGGACGCGAGAUUCAGUGCAAUGAGAAACUAGACUUCAGCGAGGGGGUGCUGAAUCUUGAGAUUGCACAGCGUAUCGGCCCCUCAACGGGUGAUGACUCCCCCUUCAAGAAACUCAAAAUCUCUAAGAAGGAUGCUGGAAUUUACGAGACAGUCUUGAAGGAUGAUCGGGGAAAGGACACUUCUACACUCAAUCUUACAGACCAAGGAUUCAAAGACCUGAUGAACCAAGUGUUUAGCGCAAUUGCAAACUCCUCCACCCCUCUGAAGAUCCAGAGCACUGAGGAGGGCAUCAGGCUGUACACCUUCGUCAACUACUACAACGAUGAGCUGUUCGUCACCUGGAAGUACAAGGAUUCGGCCAUUGCCUUCAGUGACCGUGUCAAGAGCGGUGUGGUGGGAGAGCAGCUGUGGCUGCAGAUCUCUGAGCCCACGGAGAAGGACAAGGGCAAGUACGCCAUCGAGUUCUUCGACGGCAAGGGCGGCCUCCAGAGGACCGUGGAGUUGUCCGGACAAGCAUUCGACGACGCCUUUGCUGAGUUCCAGAGACUCAAGGCUGCCGCCAUUGCAGAGAGAAACCGUGCUCGUGUUGCUGGUGGCCUACCAGACGUGGUGACCAUUCAGGAGGGCAAGGCCCUGAACCUGACCUGCAACAUCUCCGGCGACCCCGUCCCAGAGGUCACCUGGCUGAAGAACGACCGCGAGAUGGUGUCUGAUGACCACUACAUCCUCAAGUUCGAGUCGGGCAAGUUCGCCAGCUUCACCAUCACCCAGGUCAACACGGCUGACUCCGGCAAAUACAGCAUCCUGGUGAAGAACAAGUAUGGCACGGAGAGUGGGGACUUCACCCUGAAAGUGACGGAGAGUCUUGGAGAUGCAGGUGCGGGUGCUUACCUCACCGACGCAGACGGCAAUGUGACCGUCGGACAGGCACCACCCAAGUCAGCCACCCCAAAACCCCCCAAGGCACCAACCCCAAAGCCCCCCACCCCACCCCCAGCCCCAGCCCCAGCCACACCAGCCCCAGCCCCACCAGCUGCAGCCACCCCAGCUCCAGCCACCCCCUCUCCCCCGACACCUACCCCAACACCAGAGGUCCCUGAGAGCCCGGCACCCCCCACCCCCGCAGCUACACCCACACCUGGUGCUAGAGAAAAAUCCCCAACUCCAACUCCCGAAAAGAAGGUGAAGAAGGUGAAGAAGGUGAUCAAGAGGAAAGACUCUACGACUCUGAAGUCUCCUGGUGGAAGCAGGGAGGCCACCCCCGUCUCGACACCUGUCACCACCCCUCUCCCCCCAGAGGACUAAUCAGGCCUUUUACAGGAGCAGCCGAGAACACGUCUGGAACACAUGGAAAAGUAGAAAGGGGAAGAUAAUAGGACUUGUAAUGUAAUGUUAUCUUGUAGAUGCCUGAGAAUAGUAUGGCUUCACUGAAUGUUCUCUGAUUAGAUGGGUGAAGAGGUAUGAUGGGUAUGAUGCCUACUGUAUGUUAUGUUGGCUGCCCCCCAAAUGAUAUUUUUUGUCACUUCAGUAGCUUUUGCAGAUUUUUUUUACACGCAAGCUUAGAUAUGUUUUAGUACAUGAGGUGGCUAUUAUAUCAAUCAUACUCAGUUGCUGUGGAAAAGUAUGUGUAAGAGUUUGUCCAAAUGGAUUUUUUGGAUGGUUGGUUGGUUCAAAUAAACUACAAACAGAUGGACUAACA